AUGUGCGUGCGAUCCGGUAAUGAAUGUCAAGCUCGUGCGCCCAUUAUUCCUCGACGGGCACACCACAAGCGGAAACAGCAGUUUCCAGCUUUGGUCGAUGCUCGCACCAUCAGCAAGGGCUCUGCAGUGGAAAACAAUCCUACCUUCCAUGCGCAGGAUGUACCUGCCAUUACCAGACAAUGCCGCACGGGAAGCUCACAGAACAAUGAUGCUGUACCAACGGAUCCUCAACGUUUCGGAGCUAAUAGCUCUGCUGUGGGCUUUGCAUCGAGGCUUUUCGGAGAUCAAAAUGGCUCCCCGAGUGAUCAUUUUACAAGCAUCCCAGGGCAUAUUCCUGAUUCGACGAUGCACGAGACUAGUUGGACUCUGCGUAGCUUACAGCGGCUUCCCCCAUUGGCCGUCCUGACUGUCCUUUUCGAUGCGUAUUUUGAUCAAGUGCAUUGGUUUAUUUUUAUCUUUUACGAACCUUCAUUUCGCCAAGAAUCUUUGGAAAUACUGUCCAGAGCCACGUGGAACAAAACACAUGUGGGAAAGAUCCAAGUGGCAUUGAUGGUCGCAGCAGUUGGUCUAUACAGUGUUAAAGAUGACGCCAACUGGCCCGGACAUCAGAUCUUGAGCGCUGCUUCCAUCGACCCUGAAGAUCUUCUCAACAAUUUGAUCAACGAGGCUCGGAGCAGCUUUGUAGAUCUGCUUGAUGAAUGCAGUAUUGAAACCGUGCAAGUAUGCAUACUUCUCGGGACGUACUACAUCUACAACGGAUCACCCACCCUGGCUUGGAGCAUUAUAGGACAGGCAGUGAGAACUGCAUAUGCCCUGACAUUAUACUGCGAUGAUUCAAAUGAGGACGACAACGUCGUUACACAAAUUCGACAUCGCAUUUGGGCUCACGUACUCGUUGCCGACACAUUUGCUGCCAUGGUAUACGGUCGGCCCCUUUCCCUGGAUCCGGCAUUUUCUCAAUUACUGCCGUUACGCGACCUAGAUGAUACUAAAAUUCCUGGCUCUUUUGGAGAUCAUCCAAGUUUUAUUGGCCAGCGGACGCCGUUGACACAACUGUCAUUUGCCAGGCUCAAACACCGCCUUUAUGAUUUGAUACGCCUUGCUCUGAAUAAGUUCCGCUUGCUUUUCUCACAGACUACAGUACCUUUGGAAAGUGCAUCCUCGUUGAUCUGCUUUGUUAAAGAAGCUAACCAGUCACUGGAAACUUGGCGUGCGGACCUGCCUCCUCUCUUUGACUGGGAGCUUUGGCCGGCAAACGGUCCGGCCGCGAUGCUGCCCAGCGAAAUGACAUUGUCUGAAUCAGAACGAAAACAUCGACGGCAUCUUAUCCUGCAGGCAGUAACCCUUCAAAUAUCCUACGAUUGCGCGGUGAUUUUCAUCAACCGGCCAAUCCUUGAGUAUCGGUCUCAUCUCGAAUCUCAUCCGGAAUUGGCGUCGUCUUCAUCGCAGGCUGUUGCGCGAUCCUUUCACGCAGCUGCAGAUGCAGCAAUUCGUAUUUCAAAGACCCCGAUGGCGGCCACUGCCAAAGGAUUUAAUGCUUGUUUCCUUCUCAUGAAUUAUUUUACCGCGGGUGUGAUCCUUUGCGUCAUUCCUACAGUUAUCCCUUAUUCCGCUCUCUCAAAUGAAGCGAAAAAUGCGCUGCUACGAAUUAUACAUUCCAGCCGGGUGCUCAAGAGGUCCAAUCGGAUUGCGAAACACACAGAGGAGCUCCUUUCAACUUUGAUGCGCCUCAGCCUGCAACAGGAGAUGGAAAGUGCACUUCGCCAAGACAAUGGCGUGGUUCCGAGAGAAUCGUUCGCGGAAAUCUCGAUGCCUUCCCAUGGGACGCAAUCUUGUCCACCUCCACAUCCGGGACACUACCCUGAGCUCUUCUCAUCCAUCUCCCAAAGGCCUGAUAUGAGCAGCAUUCUGGAAGAUGGGCCAGCAGCUGAGCAAAGUAGCUUCGAAGCUACGGAAUUCGAAAACCCAUUACCGGGCUACAAUGAAGAGAAUGAAUCCUUCGACAACCAUCUGGAUGAUAUCCUUGGCACUUUUGGUCAAGGUGAGCUACCCUCACACGUCACAAUAACUGUCAGCGGCUAA